UGAAUAUGAACCCACUCAAUAUAUAGAGUGAAAAUAAGGAGUCAGAAUUAAAAGAAGAUUAGGGAGUUUAAAAUGAAUAAGAAGAAGUCAGAACGUUUACUAAUUUAAGUAUUGAAGAUAAAAUCAAACAAAAGAAGAUUAAUGAAGAUCAUCUUGAUAGAAAUAAAAAGAGACUAAUUAGAUAAUUUACUGUUCUAUUUAUAAUUAUUCUGUUUAUAAUUUUAGAAAGAAUUUUAUAUUCAAUAAUAGUUGGGGUAGAAAAUGAACUUUUAAGUGACUUUCAAAGUUUUUUCAAUCUAAGAAAAUCGAAAUUGACUGAGUUUGAUGAAAUGGAUUAUUUUAAUGAUAACUUCUUAUUUGAUAUGGCAGGAAGUGUUCAUAGGAAUGGAAUAUCAAUAAUGAUAUUUACAAAUUACUUUAUUACUUUAUAUGUUGGAUUUGAUGCAUUAAUUGCUGUAAAAAUAUUAUAUACAUCUUAUUUGAGUGUUUUUAUUGUAGCAUUUUUAUAAUUGAUAUAUUCAGAUCCUAGACCCUUUUGGGUAGAUGAGAAAGUAUAAUGAUUUAUAAUAAUAAGUUAGUGACUUCACUUUGUAUACCGAGUUAUGGAAAUCCAUCUUCUUUUGUUUGCUAAUUGGCAUUCACAUUAUUUUAUACAGUUUACUGUUAUAAGACAAAGAAUCAUACAAGAUCUUUUAAGACUUAUGAUGAGAAGAUCGACAGAAAAAUAAAAAUUGUUCAAGUAAUCAUAUCGUUAUUUGUUUUUCUGUAUUCUAUAUUGUUAUUUUUAAUGGCUUUAUAAUAUUUGAUAAAUAUGAUUUUGGGUUUGAUUUAUUGCUUUGUAUUUUAUGCAUUCUAUGUAACUUUCGAGAAUUAGAUUAACAAUAUAAUAAAGCACUCUACAAUAAUGAAUAUAGUAAAAACUAAAUAAAUAAAUUUAGGAUUCAAAGCGAUAUGUUUUUUAUAUAUCCUUUUUCUUGUUGAUAACAGAGACUAUUGCAGCAAUGUUAAUAUCAAAUGAGAAUGAAUUGGUUAAUAUUGAAUGGGCAAAUAAUUUUAUGAAUUGUCUCUAUAUGACUGAAAUAAAUGCAAUGAAAAUUCCAGCAUAAUUAUUAAUGGGACCACAUUUUACAUUUUAAAAAACUAGUGUAAUAUUUGCAUUAAUUGGUGCAUUGUUUGGAGUUUCAUAUUGUUUUAGACACAUAAAUACACUAGAAUGGUAUAAAGGGGAUAAAAGAAGAAGAAUAUUGAGAAUAGUUGUAGCUAAUUUAUUUACAAUUCCAGGAUGGGCUUUUGCAUUAAAUGUUGAAGCAAUUGCUUUGAAUAGUCGAAUGUAUGAAUGGGGAGCUUCCUUCUUUUUGGUAUAUUAGAAAAUUAAUUAUUUUUAGAUGGAAAGCAUAGGAUUUUUGUUAUUUUAUUUUUUUAUGUUUGGAUUAAUACCUUUGUAUAUUUUUAAAUAUUUACACUUGAAUGCCUCUAGUUCCUCAUCAUAUGUUGUAGUUAAAUUUUCUGAAGAAGAUUGA